CCCAAGAUGGCGGCCGCGCGGAACACGGAAGUGCCGGGAGGCGGCGGCCGCCGGGCGGGAGCCUGAGCCCCCCGGGACGCAGGACAUGGUGCGGGGUGAAGAGCACAGAUAAAGAUCCUUCCACCACUCCAUAGCCUGUUCCACCUGCCCCAAGGACACGGGCUGAUGCCCUCAGCACCCGCUGCCAUGGAUGGGGGGAAGGACUUCCCCCAGCACCAGCACCAGGGCAGUGCCCUCUACAGCAUCCCCGGGCUCCGCUCCCAGCUCGCAGCCCCAGCCAUGGAGAAUUCCGUGCUGGCCGCCGACUCGUGGAGUAGCUGCUACCCUGACUCUUUCCCAACCUCAUCUUUCCUCAGUGAAAACCAGCAAUAUUUUAAUUCCCCUCACGAUUUUUAUAUGAAUUCCAUCAGCAGACCACAUUUCUUGGAAGCAAACUAUGCAUCUGUGGACCCCACUGACUUCUUACCAAAAAAUGGUGAUUUUCCUCAGGAUUCUUCAUACCUCGAUGAGCUCUCCAACAACAACUCCCUCUUUUCAUCCCCUGCCGAUUCCCUCUCGGACAUUGCGGAUCCCAAGGACUUCCUGCCUGCCGACAGCCUGAGCCACGUGCCAACACUAUGGGAUGUAAACACCCCACAGCAGAACCAGAUAGAGCUGUUCUCACCCAGCAGAUCUUUCACUGACUGGAACAGCUCGAAUGUCCACAUUCCUGCUGUCCCCAGCACCCCUCUCCUCAUAAGCUACCAGUCUCAGGCUACUGCAGAGGAGGAGGAUGAAGGUGAGGAGGAAGAAACAGAAGAGUUGGGGCAAACAGAGACCUAUGCAGAAUACAUACCUUCAAAGUCCAAGAUAGGGAAGCACCACCCUGACCUGGUGGUUGAAACGAGCACCCUGUCCAGCGUCCCCCCCCCCGACGUCACCUACCGCCUCUCCCUGCCGCGCUCGGUGGCCGACAAGGGGUCCCUCUCAGCCCUGCAGCUGGAAGCCAUCAUCUAUGCCUGCCAGCAACAUGAAGUUUUGUUACCCAAUGGGCAGCGAGCUGGGUUCCUCAUUGGGGACGGUGCUGGAGUUGGAAAGGGCAGGACAGUUGCAGGCAUCAUCUUUGAAAAUUAUCUUAAAGGGAGGAAAAAGGCUCUGUGGUUCAGUGUCUCCAACGAUCUCAAGUACGAUGCUGAGAGAGACCUGAAGGACAUUGAGGCCUCCCACAUUCCUGUGCAUGCUUUGAAUAAGAUUAAAUACGGUGACACAGCUACCUCAGAAGGAGUCCUCUUUGCCACCUACUCUGCGCUGAUUGGUGAAAGCCAGGCAGGUGGGCAGCACAGGACACGCUUAAAACAGAUUUUGGACUGGUGCAGAGAAAACUUUGAUGGAGUUAUUGUGUUUGAUGAAUGCCACAAAGCCAAAAAUGCCAGCUCUACAAAGAUGGGCAAAGCAGUGCUGGACCUUCAGAACAAGCUGCCUCGAGCAAGGGUUGUCUAUGCCAGUGCCACAGGUGCCUCUGAGCCAAAAAACAUGAUUUACAUGAGCCGCCUGGGGAUCUGGGGGGAGGGCACCCCCUUCAGGGCAUUUGAUGAGUUCCUGCAUGCGAUUGAGAAGAGGGGAGUUGGUGCAAUGGAGAUCGUGGCAAUGGACAUGAAGGUCAGCGGGAUGUACAUAGCCAGGCAGCUCAGUUUCACUGGAGUGACCUUCAGAAUCGAGGAGAUCCCACUGGAUCAGCAGUACAAGGUUGUCUAUGACAAGGCAGCCAAGUUGUGGGCAGAGGCCCUGAUGGUGUUCCAGCAGGCAGCUGACUGGGUCGGCCUGGAGUCUCGGAAGUCCCUGUGGGGCCAGUUCUGGUCGGCCCAUCAGCGCUUCUUCAAGUACCUCUGCAUCGCGGCGAAGGUGCGGCGGCUGGUGGAGCUGGCCAAGGAGGAGCUGGCCAAGGACAAGUGCAUCGUCAUCGGGCUGCAGUCCACCGGGGAGGCCCGCACCAGAGAGGUCCUGGAUGAGAAUGAUGGGCACCUCAAUUGUUUUGUCUCUGCUGCAGAAGGCGUCUUUCUAUCACUAAUUCAGAAGCACUUUCCUUCAACCAAAAGAAAGAGAGAAAAAGGAACUGGCAUUAAAAGAAAACGGAAGCAGAGGGGCCGCUGCCCCAAGGCCCUGAGGGGUCUGGGUGACCCCGGGGGCGUCAUCAAGAUCAGCGACGACAGCAGCACCGACUCUGACAUGGGGCUGGACAGCGACUUCAACUCCUCCCCCGAGUCCCUGUUUGAGACUGACGACGUGAUCUUCGUUGAGCAAACCUUCAACUGCUUCGCCGCCGAGGACAGGAGCAAUUUUCACAUGCUGCCUUCCCAGAAAGAGAUGCAUGGCCUGAGAGAACUAGAACAUGUGGAAAAGAUGAAGCAGGACCUUCUAGCAAAAGUAAAAGCACUGGGCAAAGAGCUACCUCUCAAUACCUUGGAUGAACUGAUCAAUCACUUUGGGGGCCCGGAGCACGUGGCUGAGCUGUUGAGAGUUGCCUCUCCCAGCGGAUCUGUCCCCUGUGCAGCCCCCCUGACAGCCUCCCCCUGUCUGCAGAUGACGGGGCGCAAGGGCCGCGUGGUUUGCAGACCCGACGGCGCCGUCGUCUUCGAGUCCCGAGCAGAGCAAGGACUGUCCAUAGACCAUGUCAACCUGAAGGAGAAGGAGCGUUUCAUGAAGGGGGAAAAGCUUGUAGCAAUAAUCUCAGAGGCCUCCAGCUCAGGGAUCUCUCUCCAAGCGGACAGACGGGUGAAAAACCAGAGGCGCCGGGUGCACAUGACUCUGGAGCUGCCCUGGAGUGCAGACCGGGCCAUACAGCAGUUUGGUCGCACGCACCGAUCGAACCAGGUGUCUGCUCCAGAGUACGUCUUCCUCAUCUCUGAGCUGGCAGGGGAGAGGAGGUUUGCAUCCAUCGUGGCAAAACGGCUAGAGAGCCUCGGUGCCUUAACCCACGGAGACCGCCGGGCCACCGAAUCCCGGGACCUCAGCAAGUACAACUUCGAGAAUAAGUACGGGGCCAAGGCACUGGACAGAGUCCUCUCCACCAUCCUCAACCAGACGGAGAGCCGGGUUCCCGUGCCCAAGAGCUACGACAAAGGGGAGGCUGCGUUUUUCCAUGAAAUGAAGCAAGGUCUCAUCUCUGUGGGGAUCUGCUGCAACCAGAUGAAGUAUGGCACUGUCUCAGUGGAGAAGGACUGCUCCAUCACCAAGUUCCUGAACCGCAUCCUGGGUCUGGAGGUGGACAAGCAGAACAUGCUCUUCCAGUAUUUUUCUGACACCUUUGACUAUCUGAUUGAAAAGGACAAGAAGGAGGGCAAAUAUGACAUGGGCAUCCUAGAUUUAGCUCCAGGAGUGGAUGAGAUCUACGAGGAGAGCAAGGAGGUCUUCCUGACCCCUGGGCACCCACAGGAUGGGCAGGUUGUCUUUUAUAAGAUCAGUGUUGACAGAGGCUUGAAGUGGGAGGAAGCCUAUGAGAAGUCACUCAAACUGACAGGAUCCUUUGAUGGAUUCUACCUCUCCCUCAAGAUGCGAGGCUGCAAGCACACCUGCCUGCUGGCAGAGCAGAGCCGGGGCAAGAACUUCAUCCUCUACAAGCCAAAUAUUGGGAAGCAAAGUCAGCCUGAGAGCCUGGACAGUCUGCAGAAGAAGUACCGGCAGGUGCCACCUGAGGAAGCCAAGGAGCACUGGGAGAGCAGUUACCUCUUCUCCCUGACCAACUGUAACCACGCUGUCUGGAACGGGAGCUGCAAGCUGAUCCAGGAGGGGAAGGAGUGCUUCCAGGGCAUGCGGCUGCGCCACUACUACAUGCUGUGCGGGGCCCUGCUGCGGGUCUGGAGCAGGAUUGCCAGCAUCAUGGCAGACAUCACCAACAGCAGCUACCUGCAGAUCGUCCGCCUCAAGACCAAGGAGCAGAAGAAACAAGUUGGGAUAAAGAUCCCCGAGAGCUGUGUCCGGAAGGUGCUGGAGGAGCUGAAGCAGAUGGACGAGAACGUGAAGCGGAAGCACAGCCAGCUCCUGCAGGCGCAGAGCGCGCAGCUCCCGCGGCACCUGCUGCCGCAGCCCCCGGGGCUCGCCCUGCCCCGGCCCUCCCUGCGCCAGGACGAGGUCCUGGACUUGACCUACAGCCCUCCCAGCAUUCCCGAGGUGGGGAUGAACGCCGAGCCCGGCGCGCUCUGCUUCCCCGCGGAGCCGGCGCUGCCCCCGCACCAGCAGCUCAGGUCGCCCUUCGGCUUCAGCCCCCCGGCCCCCGGCCUGGAGGGGAGCCUGCCCCUGGGCUCCCCGCUGCAGGACCCCCUGCCCCUGCCUCACCACGGACCUUUGCAGGCACCGCAGCAGCAGGAAGAUUUUCUCCAACAGGACGGGAAUAUCAACUUCAGAGAGAUCCUGGAGGAGAUGCUAAGGACGUUAAAUGGGGCCCCCCCGGACAACGUGCUCCCCCAGGAGCGCCAGAGCGUGAUCCAGUUCAGUCGGCCCUUCCCCGAGUUCUGAGGCAGCUGGGGAUCCACAUCCCCUGGCACGGAGGUGAGAGCUGGGGAGCCCUGGCUUUUCUACUGGUUUGGACUGACCCUUUUCUGGUUUUGAGGGAAGAAAAAAAACAAACACCCUAUAGUUCCUUAAAGCAAAGUUUAUUUAUAUAUAAUAUACAGUCAGGCAUGUAUAGAUUUGUAUAGAACGUGUGCUUGGGGGAGUCAAGUGCUGCCAAGUUCAGCUGAUCUGGACUGAUGGUCUCUGCUGUGUUCUAGUCCUGCUCCAAGGUCAGUGCCCAGGUGGGGCUGAGGACAGAGGCCCCCUCCUCUGCAGACUACUGAGCUCCCCAGCCGGGCCCUGCCUCCCCCAGCCUGCCCAGAGAGCUGGUCCCCCCAGGGGGGCUGAACAAACCGUGGCUGCAUCCACUGCUGCCAGUGUUCCCUGAGAGCUGCCCCAGCCCUGCCUGGACCUCGAGGCUGCUCCGGGGGGGCUGAGCUGGGAUGGAGGGGAAGGGAAUCCUGUCCCAGAGGAGCCGGGAGCCUCAGCUCAACUGUCCCUCUGAGCAGGACUGAGCACAGCAGAGCUGACUGUGCUGGCUCUGCCCUCCCCAGAGGGGACACCAACACCUCGGGGGCUGCCUGAGCCCUGCAGGAGAAGGCAGGAUCUGGCUGCACCCCACCAUGGGUGUCAGGAUAGUGGCAGAGCUUGUGAGUUUGUCAGAGCUCAGGCACACUGGGACCAGAGAGGGUGCCCAGAGCAGAAGGGCUGUGUGUCCAUCAGCCUGUCCUGCACUUUAGCCUCGCCAGGUCACUGUGGCUGGCCCUGCUUUGUCCUACUUCUUGCUGUCACGUUGGUGUCCUCUGACCUGGCCACCUCGCUGUUCCUGCUCCAUGGAGCGUGUCCUUGGCUGGGCCACGGACACAGGCCUGUGUGCCUGGGUCUGGCUCCCAGCCCUGCCCCAGUGAGAGCUGCUCCCCAGCCCCGGGGAGCUCCCUGGUGAGCACUGGGACGCGCAGGAUCUCUGCUCUUGCUGCAAACUCACCCCCCAGAACCAAAGAGCAAAGGUUGCUUUGCACAGCACUGCCCUCCCCAGCGGGCCAGCUGCCUUCCCCCAGGACAGAGUGGCCUCCAGCCUCCCCUGCCACCCGCCCUGUCCCAUCCCACCUCGGCAGGUCCCGGGGGAAUCUUGUUUUCUCUCUUUGAUCUAAGGAGCCUGGCAGACCUGCCUCCUGGCAGGAGUGCUCCAGGCCCAGCAGCUCCUCCACGUGCCUCCCCUCUCCUCUCUGCCUCAAGCCAUCGAGGUGUUCCCUAGAAGUGGUACCAGGAUGUUUCCAGGAGAAGGACACGGGACCUUCCCUGGCUGCUCUGGCCCUUCCCCGGGGUUACCUGGGGAAGGGAUUCCAGCCAGGAGAGGCUCUGCUGGGGUCCCCCAUGCCCUGAGAGGUCAGUCCUAAGGGCGCUGGAGCUUUGCAGUGCCCAGUACUCUCCUCCAGGCAGAGAGCCUCAACCCCCCUUGUCCCCCCUCCCCAGGGCUCAGGGACUGGCCCCGUUGGCUGGUGGGGAGAGCUCUGGGCUGUGUCCUCCUGGGGUGGGACCUGCCUUCAUGUUGCGUUAAAACCAGACCUGCCCUGCACAGUGCACGAGCAGGCUUGGGGUUGGGGUUGCUCUGAUCCCUGCCCUUUGUCCUUUCCUCCACCCUCCCCAGCCUGGCUGGGGGCAGCCCCACAGCUGGGGCUGCAUUUCCCUGCCUUCCAGGACACCUCCUUACCUCAAAGCAAACACCAAAGAUACGGGGAGCCCCUGCCUACUUUCCCCACAGCUCUGCCCCAGGGAUCACCCUGUUCUCUGGGUGCCACAACAGCCUUUUCCCAGUCCCAUGUAGGGCAGGGCUCUCCCCACACCCUUUAUUUAAGGUCUGUCCCAGCCCACACCACUCGUGGAGAGGCCCCAGCUUCUCCCUGCCCUGGUUCAGUCACUCGGAGCUUGCCCAGUUCUCAGUAAGGAGAAAAAAGGGCACCGGGAAAAUCCAUUUCAGAGAGGCUUAAACUCAGGAAUAGCGGGAGGAAUCCUGCUCGGCUCCCUCCGCCAGCCCCUGCUCCGCCCACACCCGGAGCCUCCCCCGCUGGCUUUGAGGCUGAUGGUUUAAAAUAUGCAAUUCCCCCUCCCUGAUCUCUGGGAAGACAGAGAGCACCUUCGAGGAAGCCCUUUCCCUGCCCCGAUCCUGUGUUUUUGUCAGGGUUAAUAAUAUGUAACAAUACCUUUUAACUAAAUUAUUAUGCAGUUGUCCUACUGAUUGUAUGUAUUUUUAAAUGAGUCUUUUUUUCUUCCCUUACACCUUUUUUUGUUAGCACUUUUUAAUCUGCUUGUUGUUUGCUUUUGUUUUUCUAUGUGUAUUUAUAAUUAAUUGAGAUGUAUAUAUGUAAAGAGAUUUUUUUUUUUAGAA